GCCGAAUUUUAAAUAAUUCUUAUUUUCUUAUGAUCACUGCCGCUCUCUUCGUCUCUGUUGCGAGAGGUGGACGGAGAGAGAUAUGGAACGCGAUAUGGAGAUGGACGUCGCAGACAACACUACCAGCAAAGAAGCAGAACUGGAGGAUAUGAAUGCGCGUCUGAAGGAGAUGGAAGACGAAGCCACAACACUACGAUAGAUGCAGGCCAAGGUUGAGAAGGAGAUGAGUUCUGCAGAAGAUCCAUUGACUGCAGCUGCAUCUCAGGCAAAUAAAGAGGAGCUUGAUGCUCGUUCAGUGUUUGUUGGCAAUGUGGAUUAUUCUUGUACGCCUGAAGAAGUGCAGCAGCAUUUCCAGGCAUGUGGGACCGUUAAUAGGAUAACUAUUCGUACAGACAAGUUUGGACAGCCGAAGGGUUAUGCUUAUGUGGAGUUCCUUGAAGUAGAGGCAGUUCAGGAAGCUCUCCUUCUGAAUGAAUCUGAACUUCAUGGUCGACAAUUAAAGCAGGUCACUUCUAAGCGGACCAAUGUACCCGGAAUGAAGCAAUUUCGAGGUCGCAGACCCAAUCCUUAUAUGGGAUUUCGAGCUAGGGGGCCAUAUAUGCCACCUCCUUUUAUGUUUUCUCCUUACGGAUACGGGAAGGUCCCAAGGUUCCGGGCACCUAUGCGUUAUAAUCCUUACUACUGAUUGAACCAAACUACUGAUUGUUCGAUGAACGUGUCCAACAAAACUAUUUUUUCUCCUCUUUAUUCUGUUUACUCAUCAUGUUUUGAGAAGAUCGAUGUGGAACUUUUAUCCCUAGGACUCAUGUAGCGAUCACAUUGAGGAUUUAGUUGGGGUUGUGAUGAACUGUUGCAACAACAAAUGCUGCUUCACAUUGUUGUUUUGGUUCUUUAACUUGCUGUACGAUAAUAGUCACCAUUAUUUUCUUGCUU